CAAUCACGGAAUAGGCGGAAGCGGGGCAAGAAGUGAAUGGCUAACAACCUACUUCGCACCUCAGUCUUCCUCGACUGCGCUGUUCCGCCAGAUUGACCGACUGACACUGCGCUAAUACGCUCACAUUGACCUGAAAAUGGCUCGACCAUCAAUCGAGUUCUACUACGACAUAUCGUGUCCAUUCGCCUACAUCGCCUCGCGAAGGAUAGAAGCAUUAGCAACUCGGACGAAUGCUCGCCUCAGCUGGCGCCCCGUACUGCUAGGAGCCAUCUACCGUGCCACCGCCGCCCCGCAAGGCGCCGCCGGCUCGGCCUCGGAUGUCUUCAACCCGACCAAAAAGACCAUCUCCUCGCAAUCCUUCCGGAGAACUCUUCGACGUCUGGAUAUUCCGUACAAUGAGCCACCGAAACACCCGAUCAAGACAACUGCUCCGCUGCGCCUCCUCUACUUUGUAAGCGAAGACCAGCGGCCAAAAUUGACGCACGCUCUGUUCAAAGCGUACUGGGUAGACGGCCAGGACGUCAGCAACAGAGCCGUCCUCGCCAACGUCGCCCGCCAAGCUCUCGGCUCCGAUGUCGUGAAGGCCAUCGAAGACGGAAGCUUCGAAGGCGACAAGCAGCGCCGGGAGCUGGAGAAGUCUACGGAUCUGGCUGUUGAGAGAGGUGCCCCCGGCGUGCCUGGAUUCUGGGUUCCGGAUGAAAAAUGGGUCGACAAGUCUGGUGAGAGCACUACUGGAAGGCUUUACUGGGGCCAAGAUCGAAUGCACUUUGUUGAAGCGGCGCUGAACUCGCUACGAUCUGGUGGCGAUGGACAUGAUCUGCAGUCAGGCUCCAAAGAUCUACUGAGCCUCAUACCUAGGUGUGGUGGAAAGAACAUUCCUAAAGGAGAGGAGGUCAAGUUACAGUUCUGGUACGACUUCAGCAGCCCAUGGGCAUACCUAGGCUGGACGCAGCUCGCGAGACUGCAGCGUCAAUUCGGGCAAAGCCUUCAGAUUGAGAUGAAGCCGUUUCUGCUAGGCAUAUUGUUCCGCCAAAUUGGAGCUCCAGACACGCCUGGAUCGGCAGUAUCAAAGCAGCGUCAGACAUACAAUCGGCAUGACCACAUGGAUUGGGUUCGAUUUUGGAACGCGGUGAACGCCCAAGCCGGAAACCUGGACAAAAACAUCGAGUUCCACUGGGCGGACAAGUUCCCCAUCAGGACCCCGACGCUCUUGAGAGCCGCCCUCAUCGAACCACGACUCGUUGAGCCUUUGUAUCGAGGCUGCUGGGAGCGAAACUUGGACAUGUCUUCCGACGACGUUGUGCAAAAGGUCAUCGACGAGGCGGGCUACGACGGUGCCGACAUCCUCAAGCGCUCCAACGGACCGGAGUGCAAGGCUGAACUGCGAGCACGCACGGCCGAGGCCAAGGAAGCCGGUCUCUGCGGCGUCCCUAGUUAUCGCGUCUUCCGGCGGAAGCAAGGACAGGGCGAAGAUGCGUGGAAGAUGUCGGGGGAGCUUGUUUGGGGUCAAGAUGAGAUUGCGGUCGUCGAAGACAUGAUUGCAGGAUGGGAAGGGGAGGGGAUCGCGGAGGUUGGAGGGGGAAAGGGUGGUGCAAGCAAGUUGUGAACAUAGUUUCUCACAACAUCGGAAGUACUUAUUCACAAUUUGCUCUUCACCUUGCCCUCGUUACCUUCGGUCAAUUUCUCCACCUCGAAAUAUGGCAAAUACAGCUCAAGCAACUGUAUCUCCUCCGCUGUAAACUUGCGCCUGGUGAAAGCAGUCUUUCCUUCUGACAACACUGCCCGCAGAGGAAUCUCCAGCUUCUUUCCAUUCACGUUGUACGGGAUUUGCGAGACGGCAAAGAAAAAGUGUGGCACGUGCCGGCGGCUCAAAUCUCUCGAGACGGCAUCGCGGAUCUUCUUCUCGAGUUUGGGGGACACCGCUCCAUCCUUGGUGAGCAAGAAAAGGAAGACGCGCUCACUUUGAUCCUGCUCUCGUUGCUGGCCAACGC